GCGCCGGGCCCCCAGGUGGGGCGACAGGCAUCGGCCCCCAGGCGGGGCGACAGGCCCCGGGCCCCCAGGCGGGGCGACAGGCAUCGGGCCCCCAGGCGGAAGCGGCGGGCGCCGGACCCCCCAGGCGGAGCGACAGAUCUCGGGCCCUCAGGCGGAGCGGCGAGCGCCCGGACCCCCAGGCGGAGCGACAGGUCCUCGGGCCCUCACAUGGCGGAGCGGCGGGCGCCGGACCCCCAGGCGGAGCGACAGGUCUCGGGCCCUCAGGCGGAGCGGCGGGCGCCGGACCCCCAGGCGGAGCGACAGGUCUCGGGCCCUCAGGCGGAGCGGCGGGCGCCGGACCCCCAGGCGGAGCGACAGGUCUCGGGCCCUCAGGCGGGGCGGCAGGUCGCCGGGCCCCCAGGCGGAGCGGCGGGGCGGACCCCCAGGCGGAGCGGCGGGCGCCGAACCCCCGGCGAGCGACAGGUCUCGGGCCCCCAGGCGAAGCGGCGGGCACCG